CACGAGUUACUUCACUUCCCGCUUUAUGUGGCUGUGUUUCGGUUGGGUAAUAACUCCCGUUUAUUUCAGGGUGUCAUCAGUUCCUGUUCUGCUCCACAGUGGGGACAAUGCGCUGCAGUGUGGGCUUCGGUCCGCCCGAACUUAUUCUCUAAACCCUGCUGUCGUCUGGUACCGCUGACUCCCUCGCAGCUCUAAAUGUAGUUAAAAGGCGAUUUCUUAGAGAUCUUUUCCCAGGGUAAAAGAAUGUACACCAUCCUGGUCCUGUUUAUCCUGGCUGUCAUUCCAUCUGUUUGUACAGACCAACAUACCAACGACUGCGAUGUUCUCCCUAAAGACCCGUACAUUGAAAUGGGAUCCAGUAUCAAGCUAGUGUGCCUUACUUCAUGUGCUAAUAGCAAAGUCUUCUGGACACUGAAAAGCAGACCUAUUGAUGAAAGACUGUCAAACACUAUCAACUCCACAUUGACAGUCGUGUCACUGAGCAACUUCACUCACCACAGAGCGACAUUGGAAUGCUACAGUGCAGAUACUCAGCAAAUCCUUGGAGGCUCCAUCAUCACAACUUACUUAAAACCAAGAAAGAUAUCGUGUACCUUGGAUUAUGUGAAUCAAGAGGGGGACGGUAUGCCACAGCUCUUCACAUGCAGCUGGGAACAUCAGAUUGAUCCUUCAUUGACAGUAAACUACACUGUAUGGUGGGCCUCUUCUUUACACUCUCCCCCAAUGGAAAUAUGCAGCUCUAAUACAACAAUAUGUACAUCCAAUCAUAGCGAAAUAUUUGAUAAUUUCACUGUUAUGGUGAGAGCUAAAACUUCAAACUGGGAGGCUUACUCGGAUUCUUAUGAAUUUGCACCAUAUCAAAUAUUGAAAAUUAUCCGCCCAAAGGUAGCAGUAAUUGUCUUCUCUGAUCACCUGUUGGUUACGUGGAAUCGAUCACUUGGCUCACAGAAGUGUCACUGUGAAAUCAAACACAAGGCUUUAUCAGCUGAUGGAGGAACUCAAGAGUGGGUGCGUAAUAAGACUUUAAACAAGGGGGAGAAUGGGAAAAUCUCCAUUGAAAAAGUGGAAUCCUGCAUUUUCUACAAAAUUUCAGUCCGCUGUGCUUUAGACCAGGCCCCUUGGAGCAACUGGAGCGAGGAGAAGACAGUUCUUUCCAAACUAAACAAAAGUCACGUCAGGUUAAACCUGUGGAGAAAAGUGACUGAACUGGACCAAAACGGAGUUAGAAGAGUUCGUGUCAUGUGGACAGAUAUUCCUUCAGCAUGUCAGGGUACAUUUAAGUACACUGUCACACAGAUGCCCUACAAAGAACACAUGAAUUCAAUGAAUUACACUUCGUGUGGAAAUUCAACUUGUGAUGUUGAUGUGGACCAAGACGCUCAAAGACUAAUUCUCACAGUCUUCCAUGAUGAAGUCUUUCUUGCAAAGGAAUCAGUUUAUGUUCCAGCAAUUGGAGAGAGCCUCCCCCAAGUUACUGACAUCCACACCUCAACCCAUGAAGGUGUGAUUCUGGUCAGCUGGAAGGCUCCUGUUCAGCCUGUCAGUGGUUAUAUGGUUGACUGGACCCACAGUGGAAAUCAUAUCUAUUGGAAGGAGACCAAAUAUACAAAUGCAACUCUGUUUGAUCUUCUGGAUAAGAAGGAAUACAAUAUCACAGUCACUCCCCUCAUGGCUGACAGGACAGGUCACAGCACUCAAGCCCUUCAGAUCUGCUCCAGAGUAGGAGAUCCAGGGAAGGUUGACAUCAUCGAUGUGAAAGCUUAUGACAAAAGUGCCUAUGUGAGCUGGGAUUUAAAGUCACAGGAGGAAUGCAGUGGUGUUGUUAACGACUACACAGUCUUCUAUGGAACACUGCUCAAUGUUACUGUAGAUAGCAAAAAGCAGGAUGUGUUUUUGGAAGAUCUGAAACCAGACACCCAAUACAGAGUCUAUGUGGAGGCCAGAGCUCUUACUGGAAUUACCAGAAGCACAGAGAGGUUCUUUACAACCAAAAGAUUUGAUCCAAGGCUCAUUACAGCACUAGGUGUCAGUGGAAGUGUCGUCAUAGUUCUUGUGUUGUCUCUUGGAUUAUGCUGUGCUAUUCAGUGGAAGAAAUUCAUGGAGAAGCCAGUGCCCAAUCCAGGCCUCAGUUCUGUGGCUCUGUGGCUGUCGCCGAGUCAUCAGAAGAGGAUGUGCCCAUUCCAGCCGUUCCAUCCAUCUGCAAGCUUCUGUGACACAGUUUACACUGAGGAAACCUCGAGAGCGUCCACACCUCCUCCAGAUGCAGACUGCAAUGGUAACCCAACUACUGAGCAGACAGAGGAGUACACUGACUCAGUCAUCAUUCUCGCUCCAUGUGUACAAGCUGAAAGGCCAGUUGAACCUGUAGAGACACAGCAUUCAUCCUCUCCUACAGAAUCCACAGCGUUUCUUUCCUCAGAGAGCAGCCCAUUCAACCCAUAUCGAAGUCAGAGUUCUGGAGAAGUGUCUUCUCCAAGGACCAGUAAACAAUCCAAGCGUAUUCCAGCGAAAAAUCAAGAAAAGGCAACACUGAAAACUGUAUAUGUCACCUUGGAUAUGUUUGAACAAGACCAAAGCAGGUGAGGGCAAGGGAAACAUAACUGUCUGGACAUUCCUUGAGUCAAGAUAAGUCAUUCAGCUCUGAACAAAGCAGAUGUGGUUUAAUAUUCCCGUGGACUUCCAUGACAGUGUGUGGCUUUAUGUUUCCUGGUGCUAUGAAAUGAAAGCGAAGAAAAAUUAUUGUUUGAUGAUGAUUGUCUAACACUUACAUUAUGCAGUAGGAGCUGAAUGAAUGAAAAAUGUGCAUGUACAGUCUGUAUUAUAAUAUUUUUAGUCACUCCUGGUUUUACUUUGAUAUUUUGUUGUAAAAAAAUACUAUUAACUAUGUUUUAUAAUAGGAUUUUAUGUUGUUUCGUAUUUUUGUCACUGUAAAUUUUGUUGCAUGCUUUCGCUGUAAGCUUGCUGUAAAGGUGUAAUUUUUAUUUUAUCACAUGGAUCACGUGUCACAAUGACAUGCACUCCACAAAAGUAUUUAUUGUUUGUUCCUUAAAACUGGAGCAGAAGUGAUUAUACUAUAGACUUUCUGUUCACAGACAUGAUCGAAUGCAGAGCCAAACUAAUUUGAUUUGUCAAACAGUUCAAACUUCAUUGAUUACCAAAGGACAUUGUUACUGUCAAUAAAUAUCCAAUAUAUUACAAGCACCAUGAAAACUGUUAAUAUUCUUGAAAAAUGUAACAUAAAGCAACAAGAACAAACAUGACCAAUGGUUCUGUGGCUCAACAUUACAGUAAAAGAACUAUUAAAUAAAGUGCAUAAACAGUG